AUGAAGAUCCUAGAAGCUCAGUCAGCCGUUCUUACUAAUUUCGAGGUGUACUCCUUCAUUAAACGUCAGAGCAAGAAGUCAGGACCUCCUAGUCUGCAAACAUUGCGUGAAGAGCUGAUCAAAUAUUUUGAAUCUCACCCGGGUCCUCUGAGCCAGAGGCCAAUCACUUACAAAGACAGCUCCAUCCCAAAGUUGCUCGAGAGACUUCGCAAGUAUGAGAUCACCAAGGGAGAGAUGAUUAUGAUCUUCAACCUACGACCAACCACCAUAAUCACCCUCAACACCGUCAUUGAGGAUAUGGAGGACCGAUUCACCGAGGAGCAGCAACAGGAUAUUGUUGAGGGCAUUGUUGAGGUGCUUGGGGAAUUCCCGCCAACCGAGGAAGCGGAAGAGGAAGGUGAUGCAAUGGACAUGACUGAAGCCGCCCAGUAA